CGCCCGGACGGUCCAUACUAAACCUUUUGUUAUUCUUAUUCUUUUUAUUCUUUGAGACCUGUCCUCUCUGUCUAGUCUGCUUUCUUUCCCAUAUUCUUUCGUUGCUGCUGAUAUCUCUGUUCAACCAGAUAUCACUACGUCCGCCGCUAUGGGAAGCAUCGAGGAACCCAAAAAGCAGCAGCGUCUGCGCUUGCCAUGGAUUGAGACUCCUUUGAUUGAGUCCACCAGUCUCUCCAAAGCUGCCGGAUGGUACGAAUCCUGCAUUCCGGUUCUACAAACAAACAGACAGACAGACAAAAGACUAACUGAUCAUAUAUAGCCGAGUCUUCCUCAAACUUGACAACCUCCAGCCCAGCGGCUCUUUCAAGUCUCGCGGCAUUGGAAAUCUUGUCCGUAGCCAUGCUGCAGACCCGGCAAACAAGGGCAAACGGCUGCACUUCUUCAUCCCCUCAGCUGGAAAUGCUGGGCUGGGAGCUGCCUUUGCAGCCUCCGCUCUCAACUACCCUUGCACUGUUACUGUGCCCCUCAACACUAAGCCGGUCAUGGUCAAGAAGUUGCAGCAGGCUGGUGCCCAUGUCGUCCAGCACGGAAUCAACCUGGAUGAAGCCGCUAUUCGCAUGCGUGAGAUGAUGAAAGAGCUUAGUGACCACCCAACCCCUGGCGGCACUGAGGUUGUCGCCAUUGAAUUACACCCCUUUGACCGCCAGCAAAUCUGGGAAGGCGUCAGCAGCAUGUCAGACGAACUCGCAUACCAACUACCUCCGGCUGAGGAGAAUGACCCUUGUCUCCAUAAAGCGCUUCCUUGCGAUGCUAUCGUCUGCUCCGUGGGCGGUGGCGGCCUCAUGAAUGGCCUCAUUAUGGGAAUUGAGCGCCAGGCUCCUAUGCUCGAAGCUGCUGCCAACAACGCUUCUACCAACGGUACAACAUCCGCGACUACCACCUCCACCAGAGACGACAACAUCCAUAUCAUUGCCACAGAGACCCGGGGUGCUGAUUCCCUCGCUUCAUCCGUCAAAAAGGGUUCCCUUACAUCCCUCCCAAAAAUCUCAUCGGCCGCCUCUUCACUCGGUGUCCUCCGCAUAUCUCAAAAGACUUGGGACUACUACAAAUCUCCCCCCAAAGGCAUCAAAACCCACUCCCUCGUUCUCUCGGAUGCGGACGCUGCCCGCGGAUGCCUCCGCCUGGCAGAGGAUGAGAAGAUCCUUGUUGAACUCGCCUGCGGUGUCUCUGUUGAGGCUGCCUUUGGACCCCAUCACCAACCGGAAACCGAUGCACCGCCCGCAAAGAAAGUCAAGCUCAGUUCUGAGGGUAGCGCACCAGCCACCAACGGAGAGACAGUCGUACCAGGAUUAAACAAGACAUUCCUUCAGCAGCUCAUCCCCAACUUUGGACCCCAGACCAGAGUUGUCAUUGUUGUUUGUGGAGGAAGCAAUGUCUCCCUCAGUAUGGCUGCUGAGUGGAGAGAGAAGCUCGAUGCUGGCUGGGGAAGCGAUGAUCCAGGCAGCAUUGCUGUCCCACCCCCUUCUGCAGCAUAGACAUUAUACCAAUUUUUCUGCUUAAUUAUUUUUGCCUCUUUUUUGUUUCUACAAGCCUGGUGUAUAUAUGACAGGCUUUAAU